UCAGACAGAGAAGUCGUCGCGAUCAUGAUCGACUUGCCCAGGUUGAGUUCGCUACAUAGACUGUCCUCGGCGCACUCACCGCCUUAUGCUGUACUUGGUGACGCUGUCAUUUCUUCUUGUGCAUGCGGUGCGUGGCAGCUCAGCUUCAUUGUUGCAUUUAACUCCAAGAGGUGCUUUCGGUGGCAGACCAACAACUCGGCAACACCUAUACCAUAGUCGAAGGAUGUUCGACUCGACCGAGCCGAGGACAUCCGGUGCUUCUCCGUCUCAAUGCCGGCGGAUGUUCACUUCAUUCCAGCCGGCUUAUCUCGAGCACUUAUCUCUGGUGGUUCGUGCUUCUGGCUUCUACAGAGGAAGUCGCAUGGGCUACGACUGAUCACGUUUGCGUUUGCUGACCCGAGGCCGCACGGCUGGUACACACGUCCGCUCACCAUGAGUCCGCGCGGCGCCGUCAUCGAGGAUCACAGUCGUGCUGUCGUCCCGCCGCGCCUUGAACACACCUCCAUAUGAUCGCCUUGAUGCGUUCCCAAAGACGGCAUACUUACGCAGCUUGUUCCGCCCGUUUUC